ACAUUGAAAAUGAUACCUAAAAUAAAGAAGAUCAAAUUUGUGCAAAGUGGUUGCCCUUCCUUUUGACUGUAACAUCUCAAUCAGAGAAAAGAAACCCAGUUGGAAAUACUUAUUGUUUUUUCAAGAAAAAAAAACAUAUAUAAUAUAUUGUCAAAAGUAUUGGAUUGUUUGAUUUCUUGUUUAUCACAUAUACAUCAAAUUAAACUCAACCAGGCCACCACACCACACCCACCACCCAUCCAUGGAAGAAAAAGAGAAGAAGCAGAAGCAGAAUAAGAAGCAAAAGCACCAACACCCGAAUGACCAAACCACUAAACCAGCAUCAGAUAUUUCUUUCAAGCCUAGCUCAGAAGUAAAGGGUCUUCGUUUUGGAGGUCAAUUCAUUGUAAAAUCUUUCACAAUCAGGCGAGCAAGGCCACUUGAGCUUCUAAAAGUCCUUUCUUAUCCACCAACAAAUAGAAACAACAGCAGCAGCAAAAUCCCUUUCCCUUCAACAACUGCUUUCUUGCCUACAAAUUUCACUAUCCUAGCCCACCAGGCUUGGCAUACUCUAACACUUGGUCUUGGAACCAAGAAAUCCAAAAUACUAAUGUUUGUUUUUGAAUCUGAGUCUAUGAAAUUGGCUAUAGACAGAAUAUGGCCACCAGAGAUACCUCUAGGUGAAGUGAACAAGAAGCUUAUUAGAGGCCUAACUGGGUCUGAAAUGGCAAGGUUUAAGUUCAGAAAAGGAUGCAUCACCUUCUAUGUUUAUGCAGUGAGAAGGGUAGGAAACAUGGGAUUUUCUUGUGCAGAUGAUUUAAGAACAAUAUUACAGUCUGUGGUUUCUCUUAAAGAUUUCUUGGAUCACACUACUAUGCUUGCCAUGCCUCAUCAGAGAAGCAUCAACUAUCAAUCUCCUGUUGCUAUGGCUCACUAGCUAGUCAAUUUUUCUUCCCCCAAUCAUCAUCAUCAUCUUCUUCUUAUCAGGGUCAUCUCUCUUCUUGAUCUUUUAGGCCAUUUAAUUUCUUUUGGUUAAUUUUUUUUUUUCCUAGUUAAAUAUUUUUUUAGUGAUGAAUUAGGGGAUUGGUUUAUUUGUUGGGGAUUCUUGCUAUGGGUUUUUUUUUUCUUCUUUCAAAAUUUAAAAAGUUAUAUUUGAUUAUGAAUAAAUAGGAGUUUAUUUCACAGAGAAUUCUGUGUACCUAUCUGCAAUCUGUAUUUUAGCUUCUUAUUGUCUCCAACUGCAAGUUGAUAUCUCUGAUUAAGUAGUGGCAGUGGUUACUGGCAAUUCUGAAAA